AGCUCCAGCAACCAACUGACUUACCAUGGUCUUCGGCUUGAUUUCUGCGAUCAAAUCUGUUACAAUGCGACCCUUGUCCUCUCCGACAUUCAUGAGAUACUUCUUCGUACGCCCAUACUCAUCGAUGGCUGCGAGAACACCCUCGGGCGAGCCGCGAAUCUUGUCGAUGUUCUCAUGGGAGUAGACGAAGUGUAGGAGCUCAAUCUCACGACCGUCGUCGAAGAAAGCACCCUCUUCCUCUUGUGCCGCGUAUGCUUUGCUUUGAUCGAAGCUGCCCAUGGUUGUUGAGUGUGCUGAAUGUGUGCCCAAUUUCAAAUUGUGGUAAACUUGAAUCUCUCAGAGCUCGACGCGUCGAGAGCGCCCGGAUGCCCGCUCAGCGGAUGCCCCUCAACGCGUAACUUAGUGCGGGGCGUCGUUUUAAUGAUGACGGUGGCGUUGCAUAUGCGAGGUGCACAACGGGCCCACUCGAGAGGCCUGAUGCGAGCCAGAAAACGCACUUGGGAACGAACACCUAAAAAAGACUGUGUGGUGUCGUCAGACGUUAGAAAUUGUCUUAGCAAUAAUCCUCCUGCUAUGCCCGUCAUCCUUAGUCCUGACGCGAUACGGGAUGUCACUGCAAGUGCAAUGUGCCGUUUUCGUGAAAGGGCGCCAUACCGUGCACAUCAGGGAGUUGCUCAGUUCUGUCCUGGCAGACUUGUCGCGCCAGCCUGUGCAUACGGGACAACGCAACGCUGGUGUGGCUUGAGUGGGUCUUGCAAUUGGUGCAUUUCUGCAUUGCUCAGAGUCUUGACGUUGAUACAGUCGUACCUGUUCUGAAUAGUUCUAGGCGUAUCUACGUCUAGCGGAGACAGCUCCACACUGAUUCCACAGAACUUGACAUGAACAGAACCAGUCCCGUUUUGGGGAUAUCCCUCAAUGAUCUAGGAUCAUCCAAACUCUAUCUACCCGACGCGGGAGCUAAGAUCGCAGGAUCUCGC